GUUUGGAUGGGCAGGGUCUCCCCCAUGCUACGCGUUAUUUGGACGUGCCAUUUUGGCUGAUGGCCGCAAAUUCGCCUGCAACAGUGUCGGAGUCGGAGAACACAGAGCUUUUUUUUCCUUAUGAAUGAGUAGACGAUCACAUAUUGGUAGAACCAGACGUCGACGGAAGAUUGCAGCUCUCAGAAGCAACCUUGAGGCAUGUCAUGCUAGCAGUUCUGGGGCCACAAUCGAUUAACGAGUCAAAAUUCUCGAGUUGGAGCUCAGAGCUAUGCAUUGGGUCUUUUGUGGAAUACGCUUCGGCGAACGGUAUCAAUACAAAAUUACCAAAGCUCUUCAGCGUGUUAUGAAAUUGAUCGAACGAGGGACGGCGUCGAAGACUGAAUUUCAUCAGGUUUUGGGGUCGCUUCGUCACAUUUCACUGUGCUUGCCGACUGCGCGUCCAUUCUAUCAACGACUUCAACGCCAAUGUACGAGUGCCCCUCGUUUUGGUAGAGUACGUUUAUCCGACGGGGCCAAAGACAUCGUAAUUUGGUUCCGACAGACACUGCAACAUGGUUGUCUUGCUGAAUUACUGCUAUCUAUGUUCAGCAGCAUGCCAGCACCUGACGUGGAAUUGUUCAUGGACGCAUCGAAUGAAGGAAUAGCUGUACUUAAUCCCGCCAUGGACCAAUUCAUUCAGCUCAAAUUCGACAAAGAUGAACUCGCUUCGAUAAAUUAAGCAGAUUCGAAGUUUUCGAUCAAUGUACGAGAACAUUUGUGUAUGGCGUUGGCCAUUUGGGUGUUAUAGGGCCGAUGUGGAAUAACCAAGCCAAUGGUAGCUUGAUCCUCAUCAAGUACUGGAGUGACAACAAAGCUGCUGGAGCGGUCUGGGUCUAGGUGGUGCUGUCCAGUACUGGCAGCGUGGUUUUUAGUCAGCCACCGCAAAACCCUUGGCGUCGUACCAGAGUCACAAUUGUGCAGAAUCGACUCGUCAACCAACUUGCAGGUGCGCGACGUGGUUAAAGUAAAUAAGAUGGCGGCAGCUAAGGCUGGGUAUCACCCUAAACGAUUUGGGUCUCAUU